AUGAGCAGUGCUAAGCUUCAUAUAGCUAUCUUCUCACCGAAUUACGCACAAUCCCCAUGGUGUUUGGAAGAGCUUUCAUUUAUGCUCACAACUGGCACCCAAAUUGUUCCCGUUUUCUAUCAUCUUCAACCUGACGAUGUUCAGUAUGCUAAAGGAGUUUUCGCAGACGCAUUUUCCACGCAUGAAAAGAAGGGAAGAUACACCAGACAAAAGCUUCAGGAGUGGAAGAAUGCGCUCAGCAUUAUUUCACUUGUUAAGGGUCAAACCAUUGAUAAUAACGAUGACGAGGAGAUGGUGCUGAAGAGUAUUGUUAAUUUUGUUUCGAAAGUAAAAUCGAAGGAAUCCUCUUCCAUCACAGUUUCGUGA